GUUUGACUAAAGGUUCAAUCUGUAACUUUUUAGUUCAAGUUAUGUUUUUUUUUUUAUCGCUGCCACUGAUAUCAACAGAAAUGAUAUGGGAGACUAAAAUGCAUCAAAAUGAGUGGUAAGUGCAUUUGAAUAAACUACCAGGUUUAUCCAUUAUGUCAGGCGAGCUCCUAAAAGAGCCACUCAUCUGGAUUUGUGUUUCAUGUGUGACCCACCAAAAUAAAAGUCUCGGGGAUAGCUGCUACGUGAAAACCACAAAAUGAGGCUCUCCGUGGCCUGACAGUCAUGUGAAAUGCUAAAAUCCCUCUUUAACAUAAAAGCAUGGUGGUUUAAAAGCGACUACGCAUGUGGCUGAUAGUAGACUGUGUAUUCUGUUGUUGCUCCUGCAGUGUCAGCAAGGUAAAAUAGUCCCGCUCCAGUAUUAUGAUGAUCUACUAUACUGCAGCUGCAGUGUGGAGGAACUGUACUGCUGCUGAGCACAUCAUCUUCAAGCCCACAACAUGAGGUAACAAGUUGUCCGCACUACAUGCUGUCCACCUGGGGCUUCUCUACCUACAGCAGCCUGUUGAAAUACGCAGCCUUUGCUCACUGGUGCUCUAUAAUGUUGCAUUUAAUUACAGCUGAAGUAAAAAAGAACUGUUUGUGUGAUACAGAGGGGAAGGCUUGUGCAUUUUUCUCGACAAAAAGUGCAGUCGAAAUCGAGAGGUUUUGCAUUAGUGCAGGAGAGCGGGAUUGAUUCUCUACGUGCCUUAAUCGCACCUGUACUACCCUGACAGAAUCAACUCAAGUGCUCGAGUAAAAUCGUAUUUAACCAGGCCCGCAUGAUCAAUGCUGGCCCUGCAACAGCCGAGAGAAAGACAUGAAAGAAGAAUAGUCUGUCUCCUCCGGCUGGCUUGCCUGCUUGCUGAAAACACAGCGAGUAUAGCCCAUUUGAUGGAGAAGUGGUGUUGCAGAGAGGGGGGAAUGCUGCUGCGGUAAACCCGGGGAUGGAAUAAUCUGGUAAAAAGGGGGGAAACCACGCAGGACAGAAUAACUGUGCGUGGUCUUGAUCCGCUGAAAAGACAUCGAGCCUGUCUAGCGUGUGUGUGCGUAUGUGUGUGUGAGUGCUAUUUAAAAAGUUAGGAGAUCAUGGUGCCGUGGUGAUGCAGGGGGGGCUUAUUGUGUGUCUGUGCGCUGCGCGUCCCCAAACCCUGGGCUCGCCGAUAGUAGCUGCACAGAAUAAGUUGUUCCCCCUCCCAGCGCCUCUGCAUGAUCCACUCGCUGCAUAAAUAUGAUUGCAGAUCUAUCACCAGUACAACAAACAAACGAAUAACGCACACACACUCACACACACUAUGUCUCACACACUCACGCACGCACAACGCCGGUUCACAGCGAAUCGGAGGAGUAGGUAUAAUGGUGAUGAGCUUACCACUUGGAUUCUUGUUUUUCUUAAGACUCUUGCCACAAAGACACUGCAGCAUAUGCGUUCCUUUGCUGAAAAUGUUCCAAAGAAACCACAUUGAUUUGGGCGAAGAGCAAUCCAGUGGCUUAAACACCCAGAUAUAGAUGAGAUCCUUGCGGUUGCAUAAUAACACAAUUGGAUCAGUUCUCCAGGACAAGGCUACCAAUUGUAUCAUAGAAAAAUAGGUAUAUCCAAGUCCUAUGCGUUUUCAUUCACGUGGCAAAAUAGUCAGCAUCUGUCAGACUUCGUAAUAACGGUGUGUUUUCUUCUUCUGGCGUAUAAAGGAUGCCUCCUCAACUAGUCGAUAAUAGAAAAUAUACUCUAUAAAUUGCAUGUGUCGCACCGGGAGGAGACGGGCCGCCAGUAAACAAACACAACUAACGUGAAAACAGUAAAACACGGUGGAUUUCCGAGGAGAAAAUCAUUGCCUAUUAGUUCAUCACUCUGAGGAGAGGAGGGUGGAUCUGCACAGCAUCAAAAGCCAAGGGAGGAUGCAUCCUAUGCACAGACUGCUGCAAUGAUAGCCCCAACAAAACAGCACAUUGCCGGAUCCGGUCCAAUUCGUUUCUCCUGUAAACCAGCUUGCUUGGCGAGGUCAGAUAACACCAACCUCAGUUUGCAUUUCUUCUCGUCCCACACUGCAACGUCUCUGUUAAAGCCAGGCUUCUUCUUGCUGUGUGUCCGUGAUUCCUGAAGUGUGCGUUUCUUCCCUUGUUUUUGCGGGGUAUUUUCCUCCAGCCGUUUUCAGCACCACGCCACUCGCAUCUCCAAAAAGUCCGGUGCGCCUAUAAAAACAUUUGCAUGAAUUUCCUUUAGUGGCGGAGCUCUGUUAGAAAUAGACGGGGAGGAGGGGUUAAAUUGAAAGAUUGGCUUUCCAUUACGUAAACACGUGGUUUCUGCGCCGUCAUUUCAGUGAUGCUCUCGGAAAUUUUUAUGAUCUGACUGAGACUAUUGUCCCAAGCCGAUUCCAGCUUGAUUUUCCAGGAGAUGACAGUGUCUGUGAAGUGGAUUUUUUUCUCUCUCUCUGCAGGAGGGCACGUGUGCACUGCACGUUAAACAGUCGACAUUUACAGCCCCCUGUCUUUGGACAGUUUCUGUGUCAUUUCUUUGCCCUCAGUUUCUUUUUUAAGUUGUUGCAUGUUGGUUCCAGAUGUGAAUUUGUGCCUUAAAACUCCUAAGUCACAGGUGUUAAGACUCACCUGUGUUAGCUUAGGGUGGGGGUUCUUCUCAAGUCACCUUUCUGGAGCAGGACUGCAGAUUAUAGAACAGCCUACAGGGCACUGCAACAGAUCACUCAAUCAAAAGCAGCUGCAGAAAAUUGAGUCCACUGAUUAUCAGCUGAAGCCAAUUAUCAGGCUGAUAUUUGGCUUCUGGCAGGUUAUCGGUAGGGGAGAGUGGGGUAAGAUGAGCCAUUUCUCAUAUUUCUGAUCACUACAUCAAGGCAAUCAUAGUUUUGUCUCUAACUAGUGUAUCUGCAUAUACUUCAAGAUGUUGUGCAUCCCUGCAAACCAACUGAAUGAGUGUAAACAUAACUGUCUUGAUAAUAUAGCAUGCCAAAAAAAGUGGUCUCCUAUGGUCAACUUACCACGUGUAUGGGGUAAGUUGAGCCGUAUCCCUACUACUCCCCCCACUCUCCACCCCAGCCCUCCUUCACCUUCUCUCUCCCUAAAUAACAGUCACUUCUUCACAUUCAUGUGUAUUUUUAUCUAUUAUACGCUUUUCAGCUGGUACAAUCAUUGUUUUUAUUAUUAUUGCAUAUAAACUGCUAAAAAGCUGUUUUGUAAAAAGCCAUUUUUACAUGAGAAUGUCUUUCAGUGAUUCAGAGCAUUCACAGCUGUAUUUUUGAAAAGAAAAAGUAAAACAUUUCAACAAUCUGAACUGAAACUCUGAUCCUCUCAUCAGAGUCUUUUACUUUCUCAGUUGAGCCACUGACUCAACUUACCCCUGAACUACUAUUAUGACUUUAUUAGUCCUCUGAGCUAAAAUGGUGGACUUUUAGGUUAGGUUUUUGACCUCAUGUUGUAGCUCAUAGAUACCACCAUUGACGUAUAAAACAAAAUUAAAAUGAUCUUUUUUGGUCUGAACACAAUUCUAAUAAAACUUAUGACAGACUAAAUUCACUUUCAAGAGUGAAAUUUUUUUUUGUAAAUAAAUGUCUAACCCCUUAACCCAUGUGCCUCUACAGACUCCAUGAAUUGAUGCCCAUCUCCUAAAUAUUUGGUCACAUGAUCAAUUUCUUUUACCAUUUCCAAGCAACAGGAGGUGGCUCAACUUACCCCACUCUCCCCUAUUGUCAUUUAUUUUGCCAAUUGCCGAUAAAGUUAGUGAAGUAAAAAAUUUGACUUUACCGCUGGUGUGUCUUUCCUUGAUGGUUUGUUUUCACUUGUCUCUUCUUGAACCCAUCCUGUAUUAUGUUAUUGUUCAUUAUUAUUAUCUCUAAGGAACAUUAUCUGUUGUUGGUCACUGCUUGUGUGGAUGACCACAGACCAGUACUUUAUAUCUAAAACUUUAUACCAUAGCUGUGUGGCCUUGUUAUUGCCCUUCAGGUGCAUGUGGGGUUCUUUUUUAUUGAAUAGAACUAAGUUAUUUUUUUGCCACCAAUUUUGUAGAUGCGUUUGAAAAAAAAAUCAAAAUUCAAUCAAAUCAGUCUCACGAUCCACUAAAAAUAGGUAUCAGUAUCAGCCCUGAAAAACCAAUAUCAGUCAGACAAAUGCUCUGAUCAUAAAAGUUUAUACACCAGAGUACUCAAAGGACUUUCAACAUCUUGUAAAACUAAUUUGGUCUUCCAGAAAAUAUAUAAUUGUCAGAGGGUUUAAAUGUCACAUCCAGAUGAUGUAUAUCUGCCUGGCACAGUAUUUGGAAGUAAUAUUGUAUGGCUACAUUAACUGGCUGUGUUUGUUUCCAUCACCCCAGAGGACCAGAGAGCAGUGAGUGAGUGUUGCUCAUGACAACUGUUAUUCCACUGUAGGACUACUUCCCUCCAAGGAUUGAAACAUUUUCCAUCACACACACCAAGGGAAGAAGAGGACACUGUGUUCCCCUGAUUAUGCCUGCCCUCAGCAGGUAGGCGUUGUGUUGGUGGUGCUGGGUGGGGGUGUUUUUGCUUCAACACGUGUAACAAGUGGUAUUCUUUUGCUGCUGUAUUGGUAGGUUAGCUGUGCUUACUAUUGAGGUCUGUCUGUGUGACGCCCCUCCCUGUGUAAAUGGCAAAAGUCACUUUGCCUGCCAGUGUUUGGAGGUUGACCCCAUUAACAAGUAUUAAUACUGGUGCACUUUGCCAGUAAGCCACCUCCUGUGGCCUGUAAUAUAAUACAGUACAAAUGACCUGCAUUAUGGCUUCAAUAAGAACAAAUGACUGAUCCAUACAAAGCAUUUCUACCCUCUUGCUCUAAUUUUGAGGCUAAUACUCAGAGAUAAAUCGUGAACUUUUUGCUCAUGCAGUGAUAGGCUCAAGAAAAAUACACAGACAGGAAACACUACAUUGAACAUCAUGUUGUUUUCAAUAUUUGACCAAAAUAAUGUUGAUGUUGGUAGAUAUUACCACAGAUUUAUCUAUAUCAGUUUGUUGUUAUUCUGUUUGUACUGGUAUGACAUUAUUUGAAUAAAAAGAGAGCAUGGAAAAUGAAUGUGAUCCUGCUCACCCUGUCAGGAUUCUAGUUUGCAUAAUCACCUGUUCACUAUACUAUGUUAAUCAUCUUGCUACCAACCAAAGACAUAAACAAGUUUACACAAAACAUGUAAUUAACAAUGUUUUUUUAAUUUAAAAACAGUUUGAUUUACAGCCUGACAAGUUAUUGCUUGCUGCCAUUGGUUUAGAGAACAGCAUGUUUGCAGAUUAAACACGAGAUCCAGAGUCAUCUUAACUGUACAUAUUGACUCACAAGUAAUUAAUGUUGUGGAUGGUUUCUUGUUAUUUGUGCAUCUGCUUCUCGUGCUUUUCUCUGUGAAACAAAAAGGUGAACACAAAAGGAUUCACUUAUCUCUUGGUUCUCUUUGUUCUUUGUCUCUUCACAACCCUACGCCAGCUUCAGUUUAGAGGGAAAAAAAGAAGACAAGGGCCUUAGGGCUGGCUGGUAUAAUGGUGAGGUAGUGGCUCAGUCAGGUGUGGCAUUUUGAGGCAUAGGGGUGUAGGUAGAAUGAAGACUUGAGAUUUGAGAUACAAAGCUCUUAUGAGGAGGAUUGUGGCAUUUAUAAAAUGGACUGAAAUUCAUAUUGAUGUCUUAUCAUGACAUACAAAACAAGACCACAAGUGACAACACUUAUGAUUUUUAUAUCCUAAUUUUAAUGCUUUAAACUCAGAGGGUAGGGUCAGCCAAGCGAUAGCCCCCUCUUUUAACUCUCUGGGGUCGCCCCCAGUUGACAAAAGCACUACCAACUGGCUAAUGGGACGUACGUUGAGCAAUGAAAACAUUGCCACUUUAACCGUUUGGUACCGUUUGUAUGCCAGACUUAUAUGUUUUUAUGUCCCUUCUUUUUCCGUUAAGGUUUUUUUUACCACUCAGCUUUCUACCAAAGCAUUUAUGCCAUUCACCUUCCGGAUUAAAGCCGGCAUGCCAACUCUGGCGCUUUAGCAGAUCGGUUAGGCUGGUUGCAGUCUGAAUGAGCUGUAGACAUGGAAGACAAAAUCAAUCCGAAAUGUCUAGGUAUGAUCAUCCAACCAUGAGGAGUUAGAAUUAGUGCAAUAUCAGUCAGACUAAUGCAAUAAUUUUUUUUUUUUUUUUGAACAACAUGUAAAUGUACUGAGUGAGAAUCAAAACCUCUUUUUUAAGAGUGUCCUGGCCAAGAUAGGCAACAGCACAGUUUACAAAGUUUCUGACCAAGAACAGCUGUCCACCCAAACAUAAACUUAUGAAUUAUAAAUUAAAAAAGCAAAAAAAUCCACUUAGAUGUCAGAGUCCAUAGUCCAUUUCUUUGUGAUUGUUGACAUAGAGAUGCACUGUCCCACUGUCGUUGCCCUGACAGGACAGGCUCUUGUUCCACUUUUCUGGGGAUUCCUCUCACACAUGCGCUCAGUUACUGUCAUCAUUUUCAGACUCUCAAGACCAGCUCGAGAUGGAAAAUAAUGUUUAUGCCACGUCUACCAAUUUGAAAUGCUGUUGGAAGCUUACUAUUUUGCCACAGUGUCAACAAGCAGAGGUGAAAUCAAUCUUUUCCAUGGAUUGACUCGGUAUGAUGUGUGUAGUCAGGUUGUCCUUGGCGUUACUUGUGCUGUGAAAAAGAGAGUACUCUGCAGCACGAGUAGUAGAAUAUUGCAGCAGAGCAGACAGUGGUUUCUAUUUGAACUGGUCAGCAGAUAUAUCAACGCAUAAUAUUGUUUCUUAUUUAAAAGUAGGCCUCUGAACUCCUUCACUUCAUUAAAGUAGUGUGAGAUCAGCAAAAAAUACAUGUAAAAAAAGAGAUCUAUUUUUAUUCACUCAUUUAAAAAAAACAACCUUGGCUUCUGUAUCAUCUGUGAAUCUUAACUUCUGAAUUCAGCAUCAGUAUCCGUCUGAGAAUCUUACACAAAUUGGGCUUCAAUUAUUUCACAAUAUCAUGCAAUUACAGGUGAAACUGAGAGUUUCUUUUGAGCAGCGUAACAAUGAGUGAGCAAAAGCCAAGAUUUGAGUAAACAAUAUUAACCACAGCGCAGUGAGCUUGAUCGGAGACUGGAGGGGUCAUUAGAGGAGUUGAGUUGUGUGUUCAUCUCUGAAUUACAGCAUUAAUCCACUUUAAUGACCUAGUUUUGUGGCGCCCAGGUCUUGUCAGUUGUCUGUGAUAACCGGUUCCUGGGGGACAUGGGCCACUUUGAAACAAAAUGUUUCCAGAUUGACUUUCUUCCCACGGCAUUCUAAUUUUGCUGUGUCACUGUUUAAAGGCCAACUGUAAAGAAUUCCUUAUUGAUUUCUAAGGGGAGGCUGUCAAUUUUUCAAUUACUGCACACGUUGUGUACCUGCUAACACAGUAAAGGUGCCAGAUGCACUCACAGAAAGCUGCAGAACACCCGCACACAGGAAUCACAGCUGAGGAGAGGGGUUAGAUGUAAUUAUUUAAGCAUUUCAGGUCUUACAUGUGUGAGCCGUGCUUCUUACAUGUGUCCUGUGAGGUCAGCUGGACUCAUUGUGGGAUGAUCACAGGCUGGAGCAGUGCUCUGCAGGCUCUCCAGCUCUCUCUCCCUCUCUCUGCAGAGGCCUCUCAUGUCAUCCUCUCUAUCGAUCUGUCUACAGUAAUGUAAAGUAUCAUAGCACCCUGGAGGAUAUCGCCUGACAAUUUUGUCAGAGAUCAUUAGAAUACUUCUUUUUGAUUGCCCUGGCUGCGGUCGGCGGAAAGUGGCUCCCCUGUGAGUUUUUAAAAGCCUGUUUUCUCCUGGUGGGGAAAAAAUAACUUGAUUUAAGAUGCACAGAGAUAAAUGGACUGGUUCCAGUUUCACUCAUAGUAUCUGUGGUUCUGACUGUACACAUUUUAAAGGCUCACACUUGUGGGAGUGUGAAGUAUGCAUGAAUUGUAUGUGUUAAAAUUUGGAGAUGAGAUUCAUAUAUUAUCUCAUGUAAUGAUGAUAAUAAUGAGUAGAUAUGAAAUCACUCAGGGUACUUUUAUUUUUUUCUUAGAGGCCCACUCUGAUGAAAAUCUUAUUUUUCUUGUUGUCAAUAUUUUCAUUUGGCAUUUUUCUGAUGCUAUAGGACACAUCAUGACCAAACUAAGUGCAAAAUUGCAUUUUUCAAUAUUUCUGAAUUCAAGUCUCUGUGAACCUCUGGCAGACCCAAACAGCAGGUUCAGACACAGUGGGAUUUUGUACGUCACAAGUCCAUGCUCCACCCCCGGCGCCCCACUCUGAGGGCCUGACCCUGAAAAGUAGAGAGGACACUGGCGGAAUGAGUGUGUGCGGUAGUGUAUUGCAAUCCCCGUAAGAAAGCUUAUCAUGGUAUUAACUUCCAUCAAGCCUCUAAAGACAUUAGUGCCUGAGAGCUGAAUAGUUCCUAUAUUACCUACCACUUCUAUUACCUCGGCAAUGUUAGGCUGCAAGCUUGCGUGAAGAGGAGGGUGCAGAGCGGUGCUGUCUCCGCCCACGACUCAGAGGCAAAUUGCUAAUGAGCUACUGGAGCUCUGCAGAAGUAAAGCCCUUGAAAAUGACACAGGUAACGCAAUUUGUUCUAAAAACUUUAUAAUCACAAUUUUAAGACCACUGAUAACACUUUUAGUAAAAAGAAAAGGAUCGAAGUGGGAUAUGAAGACAACAACUCGGGCGCAAAAUAUGGUUUAAUUGGAUUUUUGGUGAAAUUACCUUUAAGGUAGUGUGUGCAAUUCAGUGUUGUAGUCAAGUUACCAGUCGUUUCCCUGCAGCAGUGAGAUUACUGCACAUGUCUACUAAAGUCAAAAAUACAGACAAAAACACCCGCUGACAGUCACAACUGUAACUAACCGGACAUCUUGGACCGAGUGGUUACUAACCAUUUAGGCGGUGUUGCAAAAGGCUGCUUAUAAAUUGAAUAUUUCUGUCUGUUUUCUGCUUUCAAGUAAAAAAAAACAUAGGAAGGAGUUCAGCUGGAGCAACACAUAACUGCAUACACUUUAUUAAUGAACAAAAUCAACUUACUUGCUCUCAAUCAUUCAAUUCUGUCAAUGUCCUGCAUGUUAUUUUUACAUUACUAUGGAGUUCAUGCACUGCAGGUGUCCCAGCACAAUGUACUUUUAAUGAGCUCGAGGUCUGUUACUAGAAGUGUUAUUUUUCAGUUUGAAUGGAGAUAUUAAAAGGAAUUUAAUGAAGGUGAAAGGUGACAGUGAGUGUGAGAAACUGUGCUGAGAUAAGUGGAUUAUGUAAUAAUAUUAAUUAGUUACUUUGAAUAAUACAUGCCUUCACUGCACGUAUCAGUUGCUCAUUUUCAGGACUCUUGUUGAAUUAGAGUGGCUAUCACAGUGGGUUUGGUUUUCAUGUCCUGACACUUGUGUUUUUGCAUGAACUAAAAUGAAAAAGGGAGCAUGAAGAAGUACUUCUGUGAGUUGAACUAAGGCUUUAAUGUGCAUGACAAUUAAGGAAGUCAGAGAACUGCCUGUCAUAUGUUGAAACACUAUAACCUGUUUUAGAUGUCUCUCUCCUGUAAUUAAUGUGAAAAGCAUUACAAGUUUGACCUUUAAAUCGAUACCUAUGCAUCCAUAUGAGUGUCCAGGGGUAAACUGUUAUUCAUCUUGUAUGCAUCUGUAUACAUAUAUUACAUCCAGGUCAAAAUAGAGCAUUAAAAACCAUCCACUGCCCCGCAACCAGCAUGCCCAGAGCCAGCAUGUCCACCAAUCAGAGAGGGAGGGUGAGCAUUGUUUGGCACAGCUUAGAGCAAAUGUUAGCUUGCAAAUGAACAGCUGCUGGGAAGCCCAUCAACAAAGUCAUAACCAAAGACUUCACUGGAGCACAUUACAUCAAAACUUGCCAGUGUCAAACUAUUCAAACAGCUGCAAAGCUUCUUAUCAGGAAACUUUAUGAACAGAGUUUAAAUCUAGAUAGAAGUUUUGUAUGAAUGGGUAGAUGAGGUGGAUACCAGCUUUGUGGGCAGUUGAUGUGUCAAUCACAUAUUUCAACAGCAUCAAGCUUUUACUCACUGUCUGACACCGCUCUCUGGUACUUGGUUAAAAUGCAACACCAUAUGUGAUGUUUAGACAUGGGCUGCAAAACCUCUCCACUGCACCCACAUUUGUGACUAAUAGGGCAAAAGACCAAUAGCAUAAAUUGAGGAAUCCCACACACAUAAUAACCGACUCCUCUUUAAAUUCCAUUGUGACCAACAACAUUCAUUAUUUCAGAGAGAUAAGGGCAAUGACACUGGCCCAGUGUGAAUUCAGGCACUCUCCAUUGUACAGCAAGCCAGCCCACAUUCACUGAAUGCAGAGUGAUAUUUAUACUGUCCAAUUCAAUCUAUCAGGAUUACAAUGGAGUUUCAAAGCCUGGCCUGUAUACAUUUUCCUUUCUUUUAUUUAUUAUAGAUUUAUGGUAUUUUGUCGAUUAAAGCAACAGCUCAGCAGGCAGUAAAUUUGACAAAGCAAGUCUUAAAAUGACCCUUGAGAGUUAAUUCUCCGUUAUGGUUUUACUGACCAAAAAUAGUAAAAACAGAUACAACUAAGUUUAGCACUUUUUCUUGUGACUUAAGUUAAAAAUCAUACACAGUAUGCAAAGAUGAAGUACUUGAAAGCUCCCCAAAAGUUAGGUCAAAACAUUUUCAGCCCCCCUGCUGUCUGAUUGAAGUAUAGGUCAUAAGCUCUGCCUUCUUCGUGUUAACAGAUCAGACAUGGGUCAAACUGUACUGACACAUGUUAGUCAGUUUUUUCCCUGAAAUACAACUGGAAAGUGGUGUCGUCUCACAUUUUCAGGAUUAGCACUCAAAUGAUGUUAUAUGUUCACAAUGGUGGAUGGCAACACUCAUCUGUUAAAGGGAUUUUCCGGGCGUAAAAUUAAUUUAGGGUGUAACACAGAGAUAGACACCCCCUCGAGAGAAGAAUGUUGCUGACCGCUUGCUUCUCUAGUUAUACCAACAUUAGUAGUGACCGCAGAUAGCAAUACAGAGAGCCAAGCGCUCAACCAAAACGCCACUCUAUAGCCACAAAUAAUGCUCAGAACAGCACCUAACUUCAUCAACAGCACAUACAGGGUCUCAGCCACAGUACUAGCCUGUUUGUUUGUAACAGCUUGUUUGUAGCGAGACCUCGGGCCAGUCUGUCAUGGGUCGGUGAUGGACUACAGCAGGGGGGCGCAGCUCAAGGAAGAACAUCUAUGAUCACAAACAAGCGGCUACUGGAAGAGAGUGGGUGAUUUGUGUUUAGUCUCUUUGCUAAAGAAAUCAGGCAAAGUUAAAAAGAUGUUUGGUGGCUAGUGCUAUGGCUGGGACCCUAUAUGUACUGUUGAUGAAGUUAGGUGCUGUUCUGAGCAUUAUUUGUGGCUAUAGAGUGGCGUUUUGGUUGAGGUUCGUGUAUAACUCCUCAGACUGCUGUGUAUUGCUGUCGUGCGGUCGUUACUAAAGUUGGUAUAACUAGAGAAUCAAGCAGUUGGCGACAUUAAUCUCUCGAGGGGGUGUCUAACUCUGUGUUACGGUGUGUUUGACCCCAAAUUAAUUUUAUGCCAGAAUAUCCCUUUAAGGAGGUGUACCACAAAUAGCUGAGACAAGCUGUCGCUCACAACUACAGUGCCAUGAGGACGAAAGAUGCAGAGACACAGUGAUUUCCUGGAGGUGCCUCUAAAGUAAGCUGAAGUACUCAACAUGAGGUCAGUUAUAAUGCAGAUUAUAAGAGAACAAUUAUCAAUGCAUAGAAAAGAGAUAAAACAACUUACCAAGUCGGUAAGAAGAGGGCAGAGAGCAGCAGAGAGUGUCAUGUCUGAAAAUGGCGAGCCAAAAAGAAUGAGUAUAGAUACAGUCAGCAUCAUGUUAUAGUUGUGGGCAAAGCACCACAUAUUUCACACUUCAACACAAUUGCUAACAAGCUGUCAUGUUCUAAAUCCAGUCAUUACUUUUAGUUUACUGUGAUGGAUGAAUAGAUAAAUGGUCCCACUCUUUGAUGGCCUAAAGUGUCAUUCCUGGAUAUCUUUUGCUGCCUGUUGAAUGACCUGGUAACACUGUUUGAAUUAUGUAAACAUAUCGUUGAAGUUACCAGAGUACUGAAGAAAUAGCUCAUCCUCACGCUCUGAGCUUCAGCUGGUGGGAUACAAUUUUUGAAGUUUGCUUUUUAAAGAUUUUUAAAAGGUAAAAUUUUUAAAUAGUCGUAAAUACAGGAAGCUGACCUGUAAUCAGUCUCAUAUUUAGAAAUUGAUUUUUGAUUUAACUGUCAUGUCAUCAAGCGUCCUCCCAGAAUGCUUCGUUUUCUACUGUUGAAUGAAUCAGUUGUUGUGUGUUUCAACCUCAUGUCUGCAGUUUCUGUGUGUUUGACAAGUCUAUCCUCCUUUGAUUAAAAAAACACGAACUCAGAGAACUCAAAGAUCAGACACGGUUGUAGUGCAGUCUAACAGCGUGGUCUUCGUGUUGAGACAUCUGUUACAAAGGCUUGCGGUUAAAAGAUCGAUACAGCAUUUUGAUGCGGGGCAGGGUAAGAGGUACAUUCACCGAAGAGUCAUGAGGAGAGGCCACAGUCUAACGAUGUGAGUGAUAAAUGCUGCAGCGCUCCCUCUCAUACCAAGCAUCGCUCAGUCCUGACUCUCUCUGCCCUUUCUCCUCCACACCCCCUUCUAAGGUUUACCCUAAAGAAUAAACACUCAUGUCCUAAUGAAAUCCAAGGCCCAAAAUAGUCUUCUCUUAGUCACAGCCCAUCAUCAUGCUAAGAGUUUCCUGACCCUGAAAGACAACCAGGGCCACAUGUGACUUUUUUUUACCUAGGAUAUUUUUAAUCAAACAUUACCCUGCACUUAUUCUCGGAAUUCAGACUUGGAAUUCUGACUUGAACCUUAAAAUUAUGUUUUAUUUUUCAGUGGAAUUCGUAAACGGACAAUCUCGUAAAUCUUGGUUCCAAUACAAAAAUUUUGAGUUCCCUUUUUUUUCUGUGGUCUAGCUUUAAACUCAAUAUUUUUGUAUAAGGAUUGGAUUUCUGGGAAUUCAAUCCAACAUUGUUUUUUUGCUCAAACCAUACCUCAGGAUUGACUGACUCAAACGCUCCUGUGUGAAACCGUCUGUUAGUGUCAGUUCUGGCGCCCCCUUUAGACAAAGUAAUAUCCAUUAUCUCUCUACUAGAUUUGACUUGUAUGUGCGUCAGUAAUGUUUUCUAACCUGUAAUGGUGUAUUUUGACAGACAGAUGUGAAUAUUUGCUGUGAAAGUCACCUACCCCCUUGCACCAGUUACAGACAUUUAAAAUUACAAACUUAAAUUACAACAAUCCCAUUGUUGAUGGUUUUGUUUUUUUUCAGUUUUCAACACUUUAUGAAGUGAGAUGUGUGAUGAAUCUUUGGUUUGUGUUCAUAUUUGUGUAACUUGAAGCUUCGAUGUGAGGUGGUUGGAUAACUCUAAUGAUAAGAAACAGCAGGAUGGAGACAGGUAACCUUCUUAACAGCACUUUUCAGCUGCAUCGCCAUAACAACAACUUCUUUGACAACCUUAAUUACAUGUCACAGUACUAACCAAUCAAGGGCUAGGAACUCAAGGUUCAUUUGAAAGAACCACAGCAACUUCUUUACAUCUUGAGGAUGUUUCCAACAUUGAAUCUGAGCUCCUGAAGGUAACAUAUUUAGCCCACUGGUCCUUUGGUAAUCUUACUUUUUCACCAAAAUUUACACCAAGAAUUCUUAGUUUUUAAAUAUCUCUGUCUUUUAAAUCAAAUUCUGGUAAAAACUCGGGUUUAUGGCUUGUGAAAAGUCCAAUUUAUUUAGUUUCAAUUAAAAAAACAACAACCAAGAAAUCAAGGCCUAAAUUGGUGAUUUUUCUUCAUAUUCUUACUCUUUUCUAAUACAUCCUGUGUGUAAACUUAUUAUUCUGACUUUACCUUCUGCCUUUGCCUUUGUACAAGUUUCUUUACAACCAGCCUCUAAAUAGCCAGUGAUAACCACUGCUCUGCUGUAUGUGGCUGUGACAGUCCAGUUACGUAGUCUAGCUCAUGAAGCCACAGUUAACCCCCAACAUACAGCCAUGUGCUGUCAUGUGAUUGAUUGUUUCCUGCAGUGCCAAUAGGAUAAUCAAUAUUUCAGCUUUUUUGCUCCCUGUUCAGCCAGUGAUCUGUCGUUCUGCUUUGCUCUGUGCACUAUCUUUAUCCUGAACAUCUUGUUCAUACGCUGUAGAGGAAGACGCUGUUACAGGGAGGAUGGAAGACUUUCUCUUACUACUGGUACCAGAAUAAAACACAACAAGUAGGAGGACUAAACAUGUGAUACUCUCGGGUUAUUUUAAGUGUAAGGCUUGAGGUGGUUGUUUCCUCAAACACUAGUUUACUUCAUGCACUAUUUGCAAAAGCCUGACUCCAUGUGAGUGGAAACAACAGAGCUAACUCAUUUAGGAGCAGAAAUUUGACAGCUAGGUCAAUAAUACUUCUUUUUCAAACUUCUUUUUUGAACUACUUCAGUUGUGCACACAGAGAAGAUGAGUGAUGAUAUUGAAAAUACAACUGUCAUACCAAGUGUCCAUAUGAUGUUUUUCCCACAUAGUUCCUGGAGCUUUAGUUGAAAUUGAAAUAAAAUAUUUCAUAUACGUAUAUGUUGCAUGUCUAUUUAUAACAACCCUGCACCUACGCGUUUCUUUCAUUGUGAGAUGUGAAGCCACAGUACAACCUUGAUGGCCACUGAUGCAUUGGUCUGGUGGAGCCAAUCUAUGUGCAGAAGCAAUGACCAGUGGACCAGCAAGACUAUAGACGUCACUCAAUUAGUUUUGAGGUCUACCAACAGCGGACGCCACAGUCAACCUAACUGUUUGAGGCGGACUUUAAUCAUCAGCUGUGUCUCGAAACCUUAACAUCUUCAAAACUUACUGAUACAUCAUCAUCCAUUUCUGAUGGUGUUCAGAGUUAUGUUUUAUUCACAUCACCGCCCCAUGACAGAAACUUCUAAGAAAGAAAGACACAUCUAUUCCUGUGUACUAUUCUGUGUUACAUGUUAUUCACAAACAGCCCUUCUUCCACUACCCCUUACAGUGAACAAGCCAACAACACACUGUGACUUUUUUAGAAAAAAGCUGAUAAUGUCCAUAUCAGUUUAUUGUGACCGCCCAAUUUUAAAAUUGGACAUGGACAAUUAGCAUUACAGAAAACUUGAUGACUCUUAUGUCAGUGUCCGUUACAUUUUCUCUACACCGAUAAUUCAGUAAAAGUCACUGUAAGAACAUACGUCAACAGAGCUGUCAAUCAUUCGACUUUUCAACCUCAAAAUAAUAUAUUAAAACUUAGCAAAAAAUACACAUUUAGAGAUAAAUUAGCUUGAUAAGAACUAUAAUUAUAGAUUCUGUCAAAAAGAAAAAGUUAACUAAAGUGUAUUUUGGUCUUACUGCUCCACCUGCUCACAUAAGGAAGGUAAGGUUAUACUGCAGCAAGUCAGCAGGGGGAGCUCCAAACAUUUUUGGUUUCACAGUACAUGAACACUUAUGAUGUGCAUAUAAGUAAACAGACUGUGGCUGAUAUACUCAAAAAUAACUUAAUAUUAUCCUGCAUUUCUUGAUUGGUUGUUUGGCUGUUUUUGUAUCAUGUUGUGCACAAAAGCUUCUUCUUCAUCUGCAGUUUUUUAUCUUCUACAUUUACCAUUUUAUUUUCUUUGUCUUAAGUUUCUUCUCUGACUUUUUUAUCUUCCUUGUAUUCUUCUACUUCUCUUUCUUCUUUUUUUCACUUUGUUUCAUUAGUUUUUUUGCUCCUCCUCUUCUUUUUUUAUUUACCUUUGACAUGAGGGGAAUGUGUGUGAAGGUAACCUUGCCGUGCUUUUCAAACUCUAGCUUUAUGCUUCCAUAUACAUGCAUCAUUUAUGUUUAGAAAUGUGUUGUGCGCAGACUCAUAAUGUACAGUUACAAACAAAACAAAAUGUUUGAAUCAUUUACAAAUUUAAAGAUGGACCAGGAGUGGGUCGGAUCACACCUUCAAAAAAAAAACACCUGCUACUAAAUAACAAAACUCCUUUUUCAUGCAUGUUUUAAAUCAAGAUACAGGAACGAGGGACUUUGCCAGUAACCAGGAAGCUGAGAUGCCAAGGAGAGGUGAAGUUGCCAGGGGUAACAGGAGAACAUUUAUAGUUAUGAAAAAAAAAAAAUCCAGGUUACAUUUAAAAGAAGUCUGAGCAGUCUGCUCCUGUGUUAGCUCAGUGCUUCCGAUUAGUUCUGCAUGUGACUCGCUUAAUUUGUUAUCCUCAUAACUCAUUCCACUGUUACGUAACAGCACUGUGGGUCUUUUUUAACUUGUAAAGACGGCAUCUUCCAUUAUUCAUAUGCUUUCAUAGCACUGAUCUAUCUGGGAUAUAGGCCUGUAUGGGUUUGAGAAAUAAAAUGGGACAAACUUCCUGCGUUCAGGAGGAAGUGCAGCAUACAUGUGCACCAAACUGUCGUCAAAAGAGCCACUUUUAGAGGGAUAAAGCCUAUUUCCGAGUCAAAGCACCCAUCCCUCCGCAGCACCACGGCAUUAAUGGAGCAGUGGGGCUGAGGGUAUAGUGCCUCAGAGUCGUUACCUAUUCUACCAUCCAUUAGCUGAAAAUUGUGUUGACUUUGAAAGUACUUUCUAUAAAUCAAGUGAGAAGGGUUUUCAGAAUUUGUUAGAGUUAAGGUUUCGUCACGGCUAACCAGGGGAUAAGUUGGAAGUGGGUUUUUCUUGUUCAGAGGAAGAAGCAGUGAGUAACUCUGCCGUGUUAAAUCCAUAUAUGACGUGUGUUUUCUACAUUUUCUGGUAUGAACUCAUUUUACGUACAGCAUCUGCUACAAUACUAUAAAAGAUACUAAACACGGUCAACUCAGGGAUGAGAAAGUAAUGUCAAAAGAGAUGAGCAAUGUGUUUCCACCACCUCCCACUGUAACUGAUAGUAAAAUACCACUUAGAACAGUCACGAUGUCUUCCACAUUUGGAGUCAGAGUCUGCAUAGUAGGAAUGAACAGGCCCAAGCAGGAUAUAUCUUUCCUGUCCUGCAUCCUACCACAAAGAGCACACAUUUAAGAGAAACUCCCUCAGUAAAGUCUGCAGCAGAACUGAUCUUUGUGUUGGUUUGAUGCACAAACUCCCAUUUUUAAAAGUUUUAGUGACUUUUAUAUAAAUGUUGAUAAAGGAUUCUUGUCUGAAUCCACUACCUUGCCUAAAGCUACUGUGAGGAACUUCAGUUUUGUACUUAAAGCGGUGUUUAUUAGCUACAUAGACUUGUUUUACAUCAUUUUUUAACUGAAGAAUAAUAUUUUGUAUACUGUGUGUGUGGACACGUUGUCACUUUGCUGUCACAUACAAAGUGUGAUGUUGUUGUCUGGUAUAACUGACAAUGCCGUCAACAACAAGGUAAACUGAACAGGCCAUUGGUUUCCUAUAUAGUCUGUGGUUUAUGCUCUAAAAAUGGUGCUUCAUCGGAUUUAAUCUAAUAAAUGAUCACAGAGGAUAGAGCUUAUAAGGCAGACAAGACACCUCUUUUUGGCUGUAAAUGUCCUGGUUUUCUUACAGUGCAUUACUUUGGCAGCCUGAUGAUCAAAUCUGAUUAAUUUAUUCAGCAAACCAACUGAAUAAAUUAAUCAGAUCUUAUCAAAAUCAUAGUUUGCCAUAUUUCUGGGGUGGCCUCAAAAGAAGAAAAAAAAGAGAAAGUCUUCCUUUCACAAUCUGAACUCCCUGAUUGUGGGUGCCAACAAGCAAGUGUGAUGCAGCCACCUCCUCACAGCAUCCUCCCAUGGGAUCUGUUACCGUAGUCACUUUCCAUUACACAGAUCUAAAAACGAACUCAAUCCCCACCCUGGAGAAAAGCUCCAACUCCACCUGCUGAUGUCACCGUGUUUCAGGCCCCAGGUACAGAUGGGAAAAAUAAAAUAUGAGCUCUGAGGGAACUCCUGAUAUUUGUCUCAAUCAGCAGUGACAGUGCUGCUCGCAGGGGAGGUGUGUUCCUGUUCCUGGAACACAGACACACAAUUGUUAAAAACCAAAGACUGUUUGAUUGGACAACAACCUCAUUUCCACAAUAGUGGCAAAUGUAGAUGAUGGUCAAAAUGAAAUUUGAUGGUCAUGGAAAUCAUGUAAAUCCAGUACAAACCAAUUUAAAUUCUCUCUAUCUCUCCCCAUAUAUACAGUAUAUAUACGUAUAUGUUCAUGGUUAAUUGCCUGGUCUAAUACCAGGUGGCAGCAUUUAUAAGCAUAGAAAGAACCAGUCCUCUUACUUAAGAGUCUUUUCAGCUUCAAUGGUCAAAUCAAGGUGUUAGAAUUUAUUUUGGUGACCAGAUUUCAUAGUCAGAUAAUGCCUCUUUACAGGAGCUUUAACCACUUCCAAUAUUUAAGUUUAUGUCUUUAUCUUUAAAAGAUACAUUUUAAUUACUUCUCAAAUAUAAUAAUAAUAAUAAUAAUAAUAAUAAUAAUAGAUUUUAUUUGUAAGAUUUUAUUUGAAAGACAAAUCUCAAAGUACGCAUUUCUGCUUCAAAAGUCUGGACUUGUGUUCAUGCACACAUUGUUUAUAUGUCUAUCAGCUCCUCUGUACCCCACCUGUCCCAAAGAGAGUAUCUUCCUUUGUUUUUAUUCCCACACCAGUGCAAUGGAAGAUCCACCUGUGAGACUCUACUGGAACAGUUUGCUUCCCCUGCUGUUUUGAACAUAAAAACAAGACUAAUUAUCUUAAAUGCAUCAUUACCUCCUUUGUAAAUGAUGGUGACACUGUUGGGGCAAAACAAAUGUUUGACUUUUUUGUGGGGUUUUUUUUUAUUAUUAUUUUUUAACCACAAUUAACCAGACGAAGAGAUUUUCACGUGCAUGUUGUUAUUAGAGAUACAGAGUAUAUAUUCUCAAGGGUUUCCCUUUAUUUGAAUACAUUUGAGAAGUUGCAUUAUGAAACAUGGAUGCCCCUUAGUAUCAGUCUCCAUUUUAUCUCCUGUGUAUAUGCCACACUUCCAAGCUGCACGUCUCCUCCUUUACAAUGAAGUAGCAAAUUGGACUGGAAACGUUUUAUUGUCUAUAAUUCAUUCAUGAGAGCUUCUUUAUGCACAGAGAUAUGACCGUGCUGGGGGACACAAUUAAUUUGCUUGUAUUGGGAGAUGUCAAACGUGAAGAAUCACUUUUUGUUUUACAGCUGCAGCUUUAUAUACCUGGUUUGUCUGGCAUCAUACUUGCAAAGUCAUACCUGUGUAAUUGCUUGCCUGCAUUGCGUCAAUGUCAUAUGUGGGUGUUUCAUAUUGAGUUUAUUUGACCAGUUCUCAAGGGUCAACUGAGUCUUUUAUUGCUUUAAUUUGGUUUAUCAUGCUGGGUUUGAAAGUGUAACAAAAUGUUCACUUUCAGUUUAGUCUAUUUCAGUUUUCAUGAGUGCCUUGGUUGUUCAUCCUGGAGUGGGAUUUGAAUUAUUAACAAAUGCACCAUAAACCAUCCUAACCAUCUGUAACCACUAGGGGGGAGUAUUGUGACUUAAAUGUUCAUUCAUGAAGUCAAACCAGCUCAAUGGGACUCAUUCAACAAACCCUUGCUGAUUUGUUCAACUGUGUCAUUUAAACCCCAACAUUAAAUAGGCAACCUUACAUGAUAACAUAACUUAAUAUGAUUUUGCAGCAAUUCAUAAAGCAGUGUGGGCUUUUGUUGAGCUUUGUUUGUUUACUUUCCUUUUACAUAUUGGAGGCUUUAAUAAUCUAAUACUACUCAAUUAUAGUUUGGUUAAUAAUAGUAGAUUCUCUGUGUAUCUCCCUUAGUUUAUAUUCAGUUUGAAUGUUGAAGGUGUCCAGGUGAUUGUUACCAUGGCUGUUGUUUGUAUGCCUCAGUAAAGGAGAAUACAGUAGCCUGCCUGACCUUGACCUCUUUAAUAAUGCUUUUCAUUAUCACAUGCUAUACUAAACGGCUAUUAUCUACUGUUAUUGUACAUUCAAUGUCUUUUGCUCUUUUGUAUGUAGAAGUUCAGAGUGUUUUAUCACCAUGAAUAGGAACGACUAUUACUGCUGAAACAAAUAAUUACAAACAAGUCAUAACAAUAUACCUCAACAAUAAUGAAUAAUUGACAAUUACACAUUCAGUUAUACAUAUGCAUUUACAUGUAUCUUAUCAAAUUAAAAUUCAACUUUAUUUUUAUGGCACUCACGGAGGCUAAAAACAUUAAUGACCAACAAUAAAACCUGAACCUCCCAUUUACGUUCUUUUGUAAAUAUAUAAACAAAUUGUUUUGAAAUGAUCAAAUAUAGAAAAUUAUAAAGGAAAAUAUUUACACACAUGUUAAACUACUUGAUAGUCUUAAAAAGUGUCAGGCAGAUAUGUUGUUGACAAUAUUUUAAAUUGAAGUUGACUUUAAAAGCUUUAGUUUGUAAAAAUAAUUUGAUAGGAUGAUAAUAAUGGGACUUGGCACUGUCCUAUCAUCCUUUCUGUAUCAAAAUGGCGUGAGGAAAUGUCUAACUCUCACUCAGUUUCUAUUCCUGUUCAUUUUCGGCUUUGAGCUCCUGGGAAUCGGUGUCUUCACACAGUGCCUCAUUUCUCAGUCCCUCCCCACGAGCUCCCCACUAAUUAGCCGCAUGCACGCUCGGCCUGUGCGCGUGCCCCAGCGAAAAACUGGCCAAACAAGCACAUCGUUUGAAAGCGUACAGUCUAUGUUGAAAACCUUUCAUUCAUCUCCAGCUGCUGUCAUGGUUACCGGGUACGGCAGACAUUAAACAGACUGCGGUGACUGAGCUGGACGCUUCGGAGCAUCAACACCACCAUCGACCAAUGACGAGUCCUGCUAGGAACAAGACAGGGGGGCCACAGUCUGCAAGGUGAGUCAGAUGGACCGGGUUAGAUUAAAUGACUACUGUUUAGUUUAACGUGAUGAUUAACCGCAACACUGGAGAUUAUGUGUUAUUUGAAUGGGGGAUAACUGAAUUUGAACUUAUGGUAGCUAACUUGUAUUUGAGUCUUGACAGGACCUCGAGGACACAUCUGGCAUAUCAGCCCGUGCUCCCCUGUGCAAACAAAUAUCUGCAGUAUCGAUGGGACAAGGCUUCAUAUGACUUACACAGGGAGAAGGUUAGCCUGUACUAAGAAACAUAUCUGAUCGGAGGGAGUGGGGUAAGUUGAGCCAAAGGGUAAAUUGAGCCACCCCCUGUUGCUUGGAAAGAAAUUGAUCACGUGACCAAAUAUUUAGGAGAUGGGCAUCAAUUCAUGGAGUCUGUGCAGGUUAGAAGCACAUGGGUGAAGGGGUUAGACAUUUAUUUCCAAAAAAAAAAAACAUUUUUCACUCUUGAAAGUGAAUUUAGUCUGUUAUAAGUUUUAUAAGAAUUGUGUUCAGACCAAAAAAGAUCAUUUUAAUUUUGUUUUAUACAUCAAUUGUGGUAUCUAUGAGCUUCAACAUCAGGUCAAAAACCUAACAUAAAAGUCCACCAUUUUUGCUUAGAGGACUAAUAAAGUCAUAAUAGUAGUUCAGGGGUAAGUUGAGCCAGUGUCUCGACUGAGAAAGUAAAGAAGUCUGAUGAGAGGAUCAGAGUUUGGUUUGCAGGGAUGCACAACAUCUUGAAAUAUAUGCAGAUACACUAGUUAGAGACAAAACUAUGAUUGCCUUGAUGUAGUGAUCUGAAAUAUGAGAAAUGGCUCAUCUUACCCAACUCUCCCCUACUGCUCGAGUAAAUCAUAACAUUAACAUAUCAUGUCAUCUUUGUGAAUCAUAAUUUUACAACUUGUGCCCACAAAAUAAUUUUAUCAAGUGCAAAAGAAAGUAAAUUAAGUGCACAUUAUUCAAAAAUUUAUCUUUUUUGGGACCUUAGGCGUCUGUAAGAACAAUCAGUAAGUGUGUUUAAAAAAGUCACCAUUUUCAAUGCUGUACGUUUCCUCCCACUUCAGGUAAAGUCGAUAAAAUCAGUGAUAAAGAUUCCUCCGCUGAAGACCUAUGUUCACGAGGCUCAUGGGCUGAUGAAGCAGAGGGUUUGUUUGUUUUCUUCUUGUUUUUGGCUCUACUUAUGUUAUACACGUAGCAUGUUUUGUGUUUAAACAAUGCAGGGGGACAAAAAUAUAUAAAAUAACUGACUAUUAAAAAAAUUUCUCCCCAUUUUUUGGUGCAAUUUUCCCUAUAACAUGCUACAGUAAUGUACGGUAUUCAAACAUCUUUAGUGGAGUUUUAUUUGGUUAAAAGUCUAUUACCGUGGAACUUAUUUGCACUUAAAGAAUACCUCUUUCAAUCAAAUAAAUUUCAUCAAACUAACUGUAUAAAAUGCGGCACUUCAGAUUUUUACUUCAAGAGUGUUACAGGACCUUACUGUGAGUUAUUAACAUUCAUUUUGUUUGUUAUUGCUUUACGCUUUUAAAGGAGAGGAUAAGUAAGAUUGAGAGGGAGAACAGUAUUAUUUCCGAUAAAAUCUCCCACAUCAAGAAGACAACUGGAGGGGUCGACAACUGGAAUUAUUACACCAAAAUCAGGUUGGUUGAAAUUCAAGUAAACAACAUGUUGAAUUGCUAAGAAAACACAAUUCUGAAGCUUGUUUCGGUUUUUCAUCUCAGCCCCAAUAAGGAGAAAAAACAACAAGAGCAGCUCUGUAUUAAUAAAGAGAAUCAGAAGAUGCUGUCCCGCCUGAACCACUGCAGACCAACCUAUGAUGUUGGGAGCUGGCUGAAAGACUGGCACAAACAUCUCAAGCUGAUAGACAGCAUUUCACGUUACCCCAGAGGAAGCGCAAAUCAGCUGAAGAAGGUCAUCUCUUUUUGAGUAGAGUAACUUGCUGCUGUUAUUUUAGAACCAAAAUUAUGUCUAACCUCUUAAAUGAUCUGCACUUUUACAAAUGAGUUUAUCAUGUGUGCAGGGACAGGAGAAAUCCACAAAGGAGUCCAGUGUUUGUCAUAAUGCUCAAAAGAUCUGUCAAGACGCAGCCGCUCACAGCACUACAAGCAUGUCUGAGAAAAAGGAAGAGAGGGGAGGUGGCGAUGGGGGAGUUUCAAAAGCAGAGAUCCCUGAGUAACCUACCCACCCCAGCAACACCAUUCAAGUUACAACCAAUAAAGCCCCUCAAGCAUCUCUUAAGCGUCUCCCUAAUGGAUGUGAAAUGCCCAACACUCCUCUCACACCUGCAUCACACCAAGCAGAGACUGCAAGUCCAGCAUAAUACCUGUAAUUUUGUCAAUUUUGUGUUUUCUGCACACAAAAGGAGCUCUCUCUGAGGCCUUAAAAGAGCCAUCCUUGUCACUUGAGAGUAACCUAUUUCUUGGAGAUUAGCCUUUUUAGGAACUUUUGUGUUUAUUUUGGUGCCCCAUGUGAGUAAACGUAAACAUCCUUUAAAGCAUUGUUGUAUUGUCUUGUACAUGCCAAGGUGUUUUUUUCUGCCCCCCCCCCCCCCCCAAAAAAAAAAAAAAAAAGAUGUAUUGUGCUGUCUUUCAAAGGUCAAAUAUGUUGCUUAUUGUGGAUAUUUACUGUUUAAAAAAUCUGUAACCAUGCUUCUUUAGCUUGCUCUCAAUAAUCUGAUUUGAUUCCUACCCCUUUGCAGGGUAAAAUAAUGUUAAAAAAAAUAAUGUACCUAUUAUCAGUCUU